AUGGCGAAACCUGUCGAGGAGCUCAACAGCCUGCCGAGCGACGGCAAGUCGUGGUGGAAGCAUGGCUACCUGAUCAAGCUCAACUUCAUCACCAUGUCGAUGGUUCUGUUUUCCUCCGCCAACGGUUACGAUGGAGGAAUCAUGGGCGGUCUCCUCGCCCUGAACACAUGGAACACCUUCAUGGACUUUCCCACCGGAGCGUAUCUCGGCUGGAUCGGUGCCAUCUACUGGCUCGGCAACGGCAUCUCGUUCCCCGUCGCCGCCUGGGUGUCCAACCGCUGGGGCCGCAAGCCCGGUAUCUACAUCGGCUACGCCUUUCUCAUCCUCGGUGUCGGCUUGCAGGCCGGGGCCCCGAACGAAAAGACCUUCACUUACUCCCGUCUCAUCAUCGGAGUCGCCGCCUCUUGGCUCGGUAACGCAGCUCCCUUGCUGAUCAACGAGAUCGCCCACCCGAAGCAGCGAUCCGUCGCCAAUGCUCUUUUCAUGGUCGGCUGGUACUUUGGUGGUACUCUCUGCGGAUGGGUCACCUUCGCCUGCAGAAACAUUCCCUCCGACUGGUCGUGGAGAAUUCCCGUCCUCUUGCAGAUCGUCCUCCCCUUCGUGGCUCUGCCCGGUUUCCUCAUGUCUCCCGAGAGUCCCCGCUGGCUCAUCAGCGUCGGUCGUGUUGAGGAGGCUACCGAGGUGAUUGCCAAGCACCACGCCGGAGGUGACCGAUCGAACGCCCUCGUCCAGUACCAGGUCGUCGAGAUCCAGGCCACAAUCAACGCCGAGAAGGAAGCAUCCUCCAGCGCCUCAUACGCAGACAUGGUCAAGACUCCCGGAAACCGCCACAGACUCUUCAUCUCGGUGACUCUUGGUAUUUUCGCUCAAUGGGCAGGCAAUGGCGUAGUUAGCUACUACUUGCCUUUGAUUCUCAACUCCGUCGGAGUCACUUCGGUUACGAACCAGACUUUGAUCUCGGCAUGCCUGAACGUGUGGAACCUGCUCUGGGCCAUCGCGGCCGCAACCAACGUCGACCGCCUCGGCCGCCGCUUCCUCUUCCUGACCUCGGCCAGCGUCAUGUUGUCCAGUUUCAUCGUCAUCACCGGUCUCAGCGCCAAGUUCGCCGAGUCCGCCUCCGCCAGCGUCGGCCUCGCAGUCAUCCCCUUCCUCUUCAUCUUCUUCGCCGGCUACGACAUCGCCAUGACCCCCUUCCUGACAGCCUACCCCUGCGAAAUCUGGCAAUUCUCGUUGAGAUCUCGCGGCUUGACGGUCACGUGGUGCGCUUCGGUCACGGCUAUCUUCAUCAACACCUUCGUCAACCCCAUCGCCCUCGAGUCCAUCCACUGGAAGUACUACUUCGUCUUCAUCGUCAUGCUGGCCCUCCUCCUCGUCACCUCCUACUUCGCCUACCCCGAAACCCGCGGUCACACUCUGGAGCAGAUCGCCGUCAUCUUCGACGGAGACAGCGCGGCCGCGCCGCCGCCCGCGGUGACCAGCGAGAAGAUGGAGAUCAUGGUCGCCCACGGCGACGAGCCGGAGAAGAAACAGGACGUUUGA